GGCCGACGCGACCGGAAAGGGGCGAGUGCUGUUGGCGGUGUCGUAGCGUUGGGCGGUCGUGAACCUCGCGUUGUCGAGGGGCCGUCGCAAGCUCAGCUGUUCCCGAAGGUGGCGGCGGCGGUGAUGACGCUCACGUGAGACGACGUUGGCACCGGAACAAGAAAGGCCGGGCGCAAUGCGCGAAGCCGGCUGCGUCGGUUGCCCGCCGCUCAACGUCGUCGGCACCGUGGCCCGCGCAUUCGGCGCGCUCUUCUUCGCCUGCGCGUUUCAGCAGCAGCUCAUGGCUUCGCUCUACAUCGCCGCGCUAGUGGUAGCCCUCGCGUGCUACGCCAUCCACCGAGCGGCCCUGCCUCGCGUCGAAGACGCCCUCGCCGCGGAGGUGAUCCUCGGAGUGGACGGCGAACGCGGCGAUGGUGACAACGCGGUGCCGUUGCCGCCGGCGUUCGCGCACAGGGGCGGAGGUCACGACGCGCCCGAGAACACCCUCGCCGCCAUCCGGGAGGCCAAGCGUAACAACGCGUCGGGCAUCGAGUUCGACCUCUCCUUCACGCACGACAGCGUUGCGGUCCUCUUUCACGACGAGACACUCGAACGCACAACAAACGGCGAGGGACCUCUAGCUUCGAUAACCUUCGAAGACCUGAGAAAACUAGACGCUGCCUCCAAGCACCCGUUCGCGGAGCGCUUCGCCGACGAGCGCGUGCCGACGCUGGAAGAAGGCGUCGAGGAGUGUCUUCGCCUGGGCCUGCGCCUCAUCCUGGACGUCAAGGAGUACGACCACCGAGCCGUCGCCCUGGUCGAUGAACUCUUCCGCAAAAGACCCGAGCUCUACCGUCGCGCCCUCGUCGCCUCCUUUUACCCGCAGUUCAUCUACGCGCUCCGGCGCCAGAAUCCGGGCAUCGUGACGGCGCUCACCUGGCGUCCGGGUUUCGUCGCGUACGAGGACAUCGAGAACCUCAGGCCGCGCUUCAAGUCGUCCUACACGAAGCACCUGCUGGCCAGGGUCGGCGACUGGGUGCUCGACCGGGCGCUCCACGGCGGACUUCUUCCGUACCUGACCGGAGCCUCGGCCGUGCUGAUCUGCAAGAACGUGCUGAGCGCGGAGUACGUGAGGUCGUGGAGAGCCAGGGCCUCCAUGUCCUGGCGUGGACCCCGAACCCACCCGGCCGAAAAGGAGUUCCUGCGAAAGGUCUAAGGGUGCCCAAUCAUUACCGACACCCUGCGGCACGCGUAAAGACAACGUUUGACGCCUUUUUAACACCCUUUUUCCGGCGCACAUAUUUAUCCUUUUCUAUCUAUCGUAGCCUCCACAAAUUACACGAACAAGGGAGUUUAAUACGAUUUUCACAAUGGUGCUUUUUUAAUCAGGUCCGAACGUCAGAAAAUUGAGGUCAAAACUUCGGUCUCAACAGGAGGCUCA